AUGAGUGAGACCGCAAGUCCAGUGCCGCCCCUAUCCCAGGGAGUCGGGUAUGGAGUUGUCAUUGGAUUGGGAGUCGCUUUCGCUAUAGGCAUGGUAUUCACCACAAGAGCAUUGAAGAAAGUGUUCGGUGAAGACAGUAACACAACAGAGACCUUCAUGGUUGCAAACCGAAGCGUCGGAACAGGAUUGACUGCGUCCGCGGUUAUCUCGUCCUGGACCUUCACUUCCGCUCUUCUAGGCGCACCAUACCUCACCUACUGGCACGGAAUUGCUCUGCCAAUCUGGUGGGCCAACGGACAGAGUGUUAUGAUCUGCUGCUUUGCCUACAUGGCAAUCCAGGCCAAGCUCAAGGCGCCAAAUGCGCACACCCUCCUCGAGCUCAUACGCGUACGCUAUGGUCGUGCUGCACAUAUCAUAUGGAUCAUAAUGGCUCUUCUCAACAACAUCUUCAAUUUCACGUCCAUGCUGGUAGGAGCAUCAACUGCAGUUUCCGCCCUGACUGGCAUGAACGUAUACGCCUGCACAUACCUGUUGCCGCUAGGUGUCGUCGUGUAUACAUACUGGGGUGGACUGAGGGCUACAUUUUUGACAGACUAUAUCCACACAUUCAUCAUCAUGAUUAUCCUGGUGUGGUUCACCCUCAAAGUUCUUACCGUCGCUGAAAUCGGUUCACUCACUGCAUUCUACGAUCUGGUCAAGUCUCUUCCGCAGGAAGGGACAGUCGCCGGCAACCAUGCGGGAUCAUAUCUAUCAAUGAACAGCAACGAGUCUUUGUUCUUCGGCAUUAUCCAUAUCGUCACCAACUUCGGAAUUGUAUUCAUGGAUACGGGCUUCUGGCAGAAGGGAUUCUCUGCAGAUAUUGCAGCCGCAGUUCCCGGAUAUAUCAUCGGUGGAAAUGCCUACUUCGCGAUCCCGUUCACUUUUGGCACGGUUGUUGGUCUUGGAGCCCUCGUCUUGGAACAGACCCCCAUAUGGCCGACCUACCCUCGCAGAAUGACCCAGGCUGAGGUCUCUGGGGGGUUGGUACUGCCCUAUACGGCGCAGGCAGUUGCUGGAAAGGGAGGUGCCGCGGCAAUUCUGUUGAUUCUGUUUAUGGCGUGCACCAGUGUCGCAUCCGCUCAGCUCAUUGCCGUCAGCUCAAUUGUCUCAUUUGACAUUUACGGGUCGUACUUCAAUAAAAACCCCACGGACCAGCAGUUGAUCCGAUGGUCGCAUGUGGGCGUCGUCGGAUGCGCACUGUUCAUUUCGACCUUUGCUACCGUGCUCCAUAAGGGUGGAGUCGACCUCAACUGGACUAUAUAUAUGAUUGGCAUCGUUAUUUGCCCCGGAACCUUUCCAACAUGCUUUGCGCUUCUCUGGAAGAAACAAUCCCGCGUCGCCGCCAUUGUGGCGCCCAUCGUGGGUAUGGCUUCUGGAUUUGCCAUCUGGUUCGCGACUGCCUAUAAGCUGUAUGGGGAGAUCAGUAUCAUUACGACGGGCGAGACUCUGCCUUGCAUGUAUGCAUGUCUCACGUCGAUGUUUGUCCCGCUUCCAGUAUCAGUGGUAUUGUCUUACCUGCGGCCCUCAGACUUUGACUGGGACGAGUUCCUCAAAAUCGAAAGAAUCAGCGAUAAAAGUGAUUCACAGCCGCAAUUUGACCGUGAGAGUUAUUUCAGUCCGGAACGAGUGAAGUAUAUGAAGCGCAUGUCAAAAAUUGCCGCCAUCUGGGCCGUGGCAACAUUCAUGGGCCAGAUCGUUCUCUGGCCUCUGCCCAUGUACGGCGCAAAGACAGUGAUGUCCAAGGGGCUGUUUGUGGCCUGGUUGGUUGUGGGCCUGAUCUGGCUGUUCAUCACGCUGCUUGUUGCCAACUUUUAUCCUCUUGUCGACGGUGGAUUGCAGCAGAUCUGGCAGGUCAUCGCUGUAGUUAGAAAGACCACUAAAGAUGACUCGUCCGAGGUCAUUGAGGUGGAUGUCAUCCCGGAGACGAAGUCGUAA